GUUGAGCUUCCAAACUGCAAGCCUAAUUGUGUUGCCAUUCAUGGUUGAGGAGACAGUCCAGCCUUGACAAAACCCGCUACCGUGACUUUUUUUUUUUUUCUCUUCCACCCAGAGUAAUCAAAUCUUACUUGUUUUUGGGACGACACUAUCCUCUUACUGAGUCUUAUACUACCUCACAGCUCACGAUAUCGAAAUCCCGGACCCCAGUCUCGUUUCACGGCAGCAGCGAGGCAACACUCAGCAGACCGUGAACCAAAUCCACCGAGCGACUACAGUGCAGAAGAGACAACAGGAUACCUCUACCGAUCUCAGCCAUCACUUUGUCAAGUUCACGGCAUCUACGGGCAUCUGGAGGCAUCAGUGUCACACUGCCACUCACUCACGGGCUGACAUUGAGACACACGCAGCACGGUCCAGCCAAAGACUCUGGGGAAGGGUAGGGUGUCGUCUUGUAGACAAAGCUUCAGCUCCGAGCCGACACCUUUGUUGUUAACUGAGCGGCAACUGCUAGCGAGAAGGAAGACGCGAGGAACAAGGUUCCUGCUCCUACACUCAGGAUGGUGGACCGCAAGCCUUCGGAAGCUGCGCCGACCACGAGCGGAAGACAGUCUCAUGCGAUUCCUGCAGCAUCAUUCCGUGCGUGCGCCACCUUUUCGUUUUACCUACCAGCUUAUCUCUUGAACUACAUCACAUGUUUUCCAACCUUGAUACCAAUCUUUCUAUCACGAACUAUACUUAUCUGCCUCGAAUCCUGUUCUUUUGCUACACCUCACCCAACAAGUCAUGAUCCCAUAUAACUGCUAGAAACGGGCCGCGAGUCUGACCUGUAAUGGACCAACCAGCAACCCAUAACUCGCCGAGGACAUGGCUCAUAACGUCUGCGCUCACGCCACUCGCUAUCCGGUUGAUACGUCAGCUCCUGGCGCACGGCGACUACAUAGUCGCCUGCCUACCACCACAGGAGAUUGAGCACGAAGACCGCAGUGCCGAAUUCCGUGAGCUCAUCAACGAAUGUAAGAGCAACCGCAAAGAUCGUGAGGGAUGGAAGGACCGGAUCCGCCCCAUCCGGUGUGAUAGCCGCGUCAUGGGCCAGUGCGGCGCUGCCGUCGCCGAAGCCGUCCAAAUAUUCGGGAGGAUUGACAUUAUGCUGUGUUGUAGAGCUGAAGCCGUUGUGGGGACGGUUGAGGAACUAUCAACCAACCCUGCGACGCAGAACCUGGUGAGGGACCAGUUCGAGACUGUCUACUUCUCGCAGGUGAACUUUAUCAAGGCUGCCUUACCGCAGCUCAGAGCGCAACACACAGGACAUAUCAUGGUUCUGACCAGCAUUGGUGGCCACAUUGGGACACCAGGCAUGUCCUUUUACACAGCUGCCGUCUGGGCACUCGAGGGCUUCUGUGACUCGCUUGCAUAUGAGAUUGCGCCCUUCAACAUCAAGAUGACGAUUGUGCAGCCCAAUAAGGAAAUCCUAAGCCUAACCAACAAGCUCAUAUUCUCGCCGCCACUACCCCAGUACGAGGCCGACCUGAAUCCGGCUCCGAAUAUUCGGGAUGUCCUGUCCACCGUCCUGAACUCGAACCCGGACACGUACAUUGAGCAAAGCGAAGACGAGAUACAGUUCCGCUACCCGAAACUUCCGCCCGCCACUUUGGACAAGCUGGUCAUGGAGACGGUGCAUGCCUUGACAGCCAUUGGCGGACACGAGAACCCGCCGGCAAGGCAUAUCGUUGGGUUCGAAGGUGCGAUUGCCGUCAAAGAAAAGCUGAAGACGGUGACGGAGGAGCUGGAAGACUUUGUCGAAGUCAGUCUGGCCGUCGACAUCUUUGACAGCGAGCUCACGGCCGAGGCAAGGAAGGGUAGGUCAGAGAUGGAGGAUACACAAGGCAUGGGAGUGGGAGAGAUUCCAUCGAGUGCGGGAAUGGGUGGCUUUCCUGGCAUGGGACCAAUGUCAUGAAAGCGUUGUGCUCUUUAACUCCAAGCUAAGGCGAAGUGUGAUGGUAAAAAGCUAGGUAGUCAAGGUGGAAAGAGAACAUGAUACUACCUAUUUUCUCGCUUCUAUGAGUCAAGGACGUGGAUACUAUUCCGUCUUGAUUCGAACUACUUCUGGUCAGUAUGGGUAGCUUGGAAGGAAAUAUCACGAUGCUUUCUGCGAUUCCUAUAAAAAGGAGUUGGUAUUUUUGUUGCCGUGAGGGAUGCCGUUACCUACCCGGAGGUGCUUCCGGACCUUUGUUGGGAUUUUGCUCCACUUCUCGGCCGGGGCAGGGAGAGACGGCCGGGAUGAUACUCGGAAGGAAAGGCGG